GUUGUGAUGCAGAGCAAGAUGUUCUUGAGUCUGCUGGUCCUACUCGCUCUGUCAAUAAGAACAGCUGGAUAUUACAUGUCUGUGACAGCUGAAUGCACCGCCAGUUCAUCUGAUCUGUCUGACGUGGAGUUGAUUUAUACCCAUUAUUGUAAUAAGGAUCUCUACAUGCAGUUUAACAGCAGUGUGGGGAGGUUUGUCGGCUUCAGUGAGUUUGGAGUGAACAUGGCUGAGAUCUGGAACAACAGUUCUUUACUGCAGGAGUUACAGGCUGAGCUGGAUGGAUACUGUAAACCCAAUAUACAGGAAGACAGCUUUGAUGCUCUGGAUAAAACAGUGCUCCCGAAAAUCCAUCUCAGGUCAGAACAGGAAGCCGUUGCCGGUCAUCCAGCCAUGCUGAUGUGCAGCGCCUACAACUUCUACCCCCCAGCCAUCGAUGUGUACUGGCUGAGAGAUGGCAAAAAGGUGACCACUGAAUCAGUUUUCAUUGAGGAGAUGGCUGAUGGAGACUGGUACUACCAGAUCCACUCCCACCUGGAGUACACGCCCACAUCUGGAGAGAAGAUCUCCUGUGUGGUGGAGCACACCAGCUCUAAGGAGCCCAUCAUCAUUGACUGGGAUCCUUCCCUUCCUGAUUAUGAAAAGAUCAAGAUCGGCAUCGGUGCUUUCGGGCUGCUUCUGGGUUUUGUCCAGGCAGCUGUUGGAUUCAUCUACUACAAGAGGAGCUCCUCAGGUCAGUGGAAGGAAGAGAGGGUUCAAUUAUUAUUGAUGUAUUAGUGUAUCUAUGUGAUUUAAUGAUGCGUGUACCAGUGUUAGAUGAUGGUAAUGAAGGCUUUCGUCAGUGUGUGAACAUAUCAGGAUUUAAUGUAAUUAUUAAGCAAGUUGAUCUCACUGUUCCAGAACACUCUACUCUCUUAUCCCAGUUACCUGGGAUUUGCUUGUAGCUCCAUCAUGUCAUCAUCUUGUCCACCUGUGUCUUGUUAGCUUUGCUGUGUAAGUAGCCUCUUGUAUUUGCCUGUGUCUUUGACAGAUUUCUCCUCUCAGGCUUACAAUCUUUAACCUACAGACCUCAUUUGGGACAGUUUCAUGUUAAAAAUCUGAAACUUUAUACUUCUAAGCUGAUACUCAGUGACUCAUGUGGGAAUAUCCAAUCCUAUCUUUGCCACUGUUCUUAAUAACUUACGGACUUGACAAUUUAGCGCUUUUUUCUAGGUAUCACAGAAAUCUUUGAUUCAUUAUUGAAUAAGAAUUGAUUCCUGACUCCACUGCACACCACAUGUUCCACACAGCCUUGUGUAAAAUAUAUGUAGCAUGUAUAGAAUAUAUAGUGAGAACAUUA